UACUUGGAUUGUUGGACUGCUAGCAGGCAGGCUAGCUGACUGACUCUGGGCUUUGCGCCUUAGUGAACAAUAAUUGUAUGGACUUACUUCCAUACGUUAAGAGAUGUAUGUAGAUAUGUAUCAUACAUUUGGUUUGUGUCGAAUGUCGUGGUCGCAACUGAAACUGAACAAGAAAAAAAAACAACACAAACAUACCUUCAUACACUCAUCUAUAACAAAUCGACAGACGGACGGAAGGACUGACUUAAAGACAAACUAACGUGCAAGCGGUGAGGCGGUCGAAUAAACGUUUGGUUCCUUGUGUAGUAUGUAUGUAGUUCUUGUUUGAUUUGAGAGGAGCGAGCAAGCAGUAAGCCUUCUACUCGAAUAAUUGUGGGCGCUGCUGUUGUUGAUUUUUUAAAGUUUAAAAUUCAAACAGAUACAACAUUAUUUGAACAAAAGACUUUGGAGGUGAUGAGGAUGAUGAUGAAAACGAAGCAGAAAAAGUAUAACGCAGCGCACUCGCAAAUUUAAGUGUGCUGUUAUUUAUGCCAGUUUUGGGUGUAGUGGAUACGAUACGAUAGGUAUGUAGACCAUAACACGACUCUUGAUCAAGCGACUCAACACAACACUACAAUUGUGAUUAUAAAUAGGCAAAUGCAAUAACAACAAGAAGAAAAAAAUAUAACUGCGAAUCAACGAAGCUAAUCAAAAACGAAAUACGGCUGUUUAAAUGCUGACCAGUGCUGACCAUACAGGCAGUCAAACGACCGACGAUUGACUGACUAACUAACUGGACGACUAAACCGAUCAACUGUUCAUCGCACCAUAAAAUCAUACACGUACACAUUCACAUUUGUACCAUCAGGCAAGCAACCAACAAACCAACUGACUGAUAGACUGAUUGUCUUAUUGACGUUUAUAGGUCUGACUUUCGGUCUGUCUGCUUAUGCCAUCAGACUGGCGCGUGUGUUCGUACGUUUGUUGCUUUGAUUGCUUGCUGGUUACUUUUCUUCUUAAGCUUUUUAUUUAUUAUUUGUUAAAUAUCUGUGUUUCCGAUUCGUUAUGGUUUAACUGCACAACAAACAACUAAAACUCUCGAGCACCACAUCACAUCGCCACCUAUAACGACGACAACCACCGAAAAAAAUUAAAUACUCGUUGUUUAGAUGCCAUCGUAGGUCGUCGUUGUCGUCGUCACCGACAACAGCCUCCUCACUCAUCGCUCGCCUCUUCGGAGGCAUCGCUGCCAACAACAACAAGAACUGUAACAGCAACAACAACAUCAUCGUCGUCGUCGUCAUCAUCAUCAUCAUCCGUGUAAAAACUAAAUAAAAAAGUGAGUGAUUGCGCCCGCCUAUUAUGCGAUUUUUGUUUCGGUUAAGUUGAGCUUCUUUUGCAAAUGCUUACUUUCGCGUAUAAAACAACAGCAACACCAACAACAGAGGCAGCAGCAUCGACGAUAACACCGAUGACGACGAGUGAUCACAUGUGGGGUUGGCAUGCUUUGGCCAUUGCCUAUUUGGUCAAAGUCAAGAUUGUCAUAGUGUCCUUUUUCGUAGGCAGUGCUAUUUAUUUGGGCCUACGCUAUCUGUGGCCCCACCAGAAAUGUCAACCUGAGAUCAUUCUCGAUCAUCCACCCCAUUCUUACUCCCAUCACGAUCACAUACCCUAUUCAUCGGAUCAUUCUGAGAUCAUAAGUUCACCCUGGAGCUCUAGUGGACCCAGCUCCCCCUCGUUUGAACCUUAUUCAGCCUAUUCGGGAUCUUUUGGCAGCCCGGAUAUCAUAACCGAUACAACAUCUCCGGAAAGCCAUACUUUUCGCAUUAAACGUAAUGUAGACAAUGAUGAAGAAGAAAAAGCCGAAGAAGAGGAAACAAACGAAGAAAUCAGACAAAUGGCCCCCAUCAAUGAGGAAAAAAUUGGCAACUUCAUGUUCAUGUUCUUGGGUCUGGAUUCCAAGGCCUGCCGGCGUCGUUUCAUUUGUGAAAUGGAAUUCCGCUCCAAACGCAAUCCCCUGACAGCCAUGGCCUUCCGGGUCAUAGGUCGCAGCUUCUUUGCCAAAUAUACCAAUGAAAAUAAUGAAAUGGGCCGAGCCCAUAACUACCACGAAUGUGCGGCGGUCAAUAGUGAGUGUGUUUUCAUUGAAAAUGAAGGCUCCGAAGAAAGUCAAGCCAAUGAACCCACCGAAGAAGUGACACAGAGCAACGAGGCUGAAGCGGAGACCAACAAUAGUGAGGAUAAUCUCAGUGUGAACUUACCCACAGAAGGUAGCAAUUCUGUGGAGAGUAACAACAUUGAGGAAAGACAAAAUUAUCGCAAUCUUCUGGCUGAGAGAAGAAAUGCCCAUUGGCUACAUAUGAGAGGAGAUCGAAAAUUAAAAUUUAACUAAUGGAGGAG